UUGUCUAUAGACAUAUCUAAACAGAGUAAAAGUAUCACAGUAAUGGAUGCUUCUCAAGAACCUCACCUUCCAAACUACAUGAAAGAUGACAAGGUUAGCCAAGAAACCAAGAACUUGAUCUCUUCUCUUCCUUCAGACAAAGAUUUCAUGGGUUACAGUCUCUACAACUACAAAGGUUGUUGGUACUAUCCCAAAGGUGGUACCACUCGGCUCAAAUCCCUAGUUUUCGCCGUUGUCCAUAGAGAAAAAUACUGCGAAAAUCCCCAAAUCCAUCAUUUGCUCUCACGAAACCCUCAUGACCUUGUUCCAUUUCUUGAGCUUGAGUUAUACGCUAGUAACCAAACUCCGGAUCUCACAAAGUUUCCUUCUCCUACAAUCUUUUCUACACACAUGCACUUAAACGCAUUGCGAGAAGCCACCACAAAGUCUUCUUCCUCACCUUGCAAAAUCGUGUAUGUGUGUAGAGGUAUCAAAGAUACGUUUGUCUCCGGUUGGCAUUAUAGGAACAUGUUGCAUCGCACCAAGAUGGAUCAAGCCACUUUUGAGCUAAUUGAUGCAUAUUGUAGAGGAGUUCUCUUAUAUGGACCCUAUUGGGAACAUGUGCUGAGCUAUUGGAAAGGGAGCUUAGAAGAUAAGGAGAAUGUUCUUUUUAUGAGGUACGAGGAGAUCAUUGAGGAGCCUCGUGUUCAAGUCAAGAGACUCGCCGAGUUCUUGAAUUGUCCAUUCACCGAGGAAGAAGAAAAGAGUGGAUGGGUGGAGGAGAUAUUGAAGCUGUGUAGUUUGCGGAAUCUGAGUAACUUGGAGGUUAAUAAGAAGGGGACAACGAGACUUGGUAUAGAUUCUAAUGUAUUCUUCAGGAAAGGUGAAGUUGGUGAUUGGAAGAAUCAUCUCACUCCUCAUAUGGCAAAAACCAUUGACGAGAUCGUUGAAAGUAGACUACGAGGUUCCGGUUUGAUAUUUCAAUAAGGUUGUAGUGUCUAGUUGCUCAAACAGGAGGAUGGAGUUUACAAAAAAGAAACUCAGCAAAUCUAACAGCAAAUAAGGUUGUGUUAUGUACUUAUGUUAUAUUUUGUUAUUGGAUUGAAGUUUUUGAAUGAUUUUAAUUUUUAAUGUAAUUUGAUUCUUUUCAGUGUAUUUUUAAUAGA